GCAGAAUUAGAAUGUGUCUCUCUUCUGGUAGAGUUUGCUAAAGACAGGAAAGAUGUACUUAAUGCCCAGAACAAUAAAGGCUUGACAGCUCUCAUGGCAGCUGCAGCUUUUGAAAGAACUGAUCUGAUAAGAGAGCUUUUGUGCCAUGGUGCUGACGUUAACAUUGAAGAUAACCAUGGGGAUACAGUUUUGUUUCAUUACUUGUCCUCGGACUGUGAGCCUGAGCAAAAACUUUUGCUUGAGUUUGUUCAUGCGGGGAUUGAUGUCAACAGACACAACAAAGACGGUUUAUCGCCACUGAUGGUAGCUGCUAAGAACUGCUUGCCAUCUGCAUUAGUUGUCUUACUUGAUUCUGGAGCAGAUGUCAAUGCAGUCAGUGUAAAAGAUGAGACAAAAACAGCGCUGUCGCUUGUCCCAAUUAAUUUCUCCCUGUGCACAGAGUCUGCGUUAUGCAUAGAAACUUUGCUUGAUAAAGGUGCCGAUGCGUCAUAUGUAAAUCCACGUUUUCUCCCUGAACUGAUUCUGACUUUUCGAGAUGAUUACAUACCUAAACUGAUUAGUUGUGGAUUAUGUCCUUCUGACUUUCAGUUGCAUGAUCCAGAAACCUCUGGUGUUAAUGUACUGUCCACCGUGUCACCUCUGUGUCUGGCUUUACUGGUUGGAAAUGUGCUUCUGGCUCAGUACUUUGUAGACAACCUGUUUUUAACCAAAUCUGAUGUUUCCUCAUUGUCCAGCAGCGGCUUGCGAGAUUUUCUGCAUCGCAAAAAACAGCAGGAUUGUGUAAACUUUCUCGAUACUAUUACUGAGCAGCCUUGGUCUCUCUUCCAUCUGGCACUAGUGGCUGUAUCAUCUGCUGUUGGCACAUCUCCUGGCCGGGAGAAUCAAGUAAAUGCCUUGCCUUUACCUGAGAAGAUGAAGCACAAACUGUUGUACAGGGCAGAUAAUGUUGAGCUGAUGACACCACGUGACCCAGACACAGUCUUACAGAUCCGAUGUCGAGGUUUCUGGAUGAGAAAGUUUGGAGACUAUUACACAAAGACCAAGUCCUUUCAAUAUAUACCCGAAGAUUUGGACAGUGACUUUGAUUUAGAUAGCCUUCUUAACAGUGAUUCAGAUGAUGAUUUUGAGUAUGGGUCAGAAUUAUUUAACAUGAUCUACGGCUAUUCAGUCGAUGACUUUGGCUUUGACUUGGAAUCAGGGUCAAAUUACUCAUAUUCGCCUGAUUCAGAUUGGUAA